UGCACAUUCUUUCACAGAAAAAUAUAAAUUAGCACAUUUUUUUAGUGUAGUUUUUGAGGAAAUGAGUGUCGGCUCUGGGUUUUUCUGACCAACUGAGAAAAACCUUUGUACUCACAGAACUAACUGACUGACACCAUAAUUCCAUUACUUAGACUGAAGAUUUAAGCUCGAUUCUCUCUCCACCCAACACUGUCACAGAAACAGACUUCUUAACGAUUGUUAGUUACAUUGUGUUUCUUCACCACCUUAUAAGCCUUCACCACCUUCAAUUGCCUUUCAUUAACAAACCUUCUUCAGUGUUCCUUCACCUGUUUUCCUCAACCCAUUCUCCAUCUCAGAAUGGAGGGUGGGAACAUAAGACAGUGGUUGAACUUUCUGGUUUGUGCACUGCUGUUUCUGAUAGCAGAGGCUUCUUAUGUGCCAAUCACCUAUCUUCAGAACGCUGUAGCAAAAGGAGCUGUUUGUUUGGAUGGGAGUCCACCAGCUUACCAUUUUGAUAGGGGAUCUGGAACAGGGAUUAACAAUUGGUUGGUUGCUUUUGAGGGAGGAGGAUGGUGCAACAAUGUCACUACUUGUCUCUCUCGCAAGACCAAUCGUUUAGGUUCAUCUAAGCAAAUGGCAAAGCAAAUUGCCUUUUCGGGAAUUAUGAGCAACAUGCAAAUCUUUAAUCCAGAUUUCUACAACUGGAACAGAAUCAAGGUUAGGUAUUGCGAUGGUUCAUCUUUUACUGGUGAUGUAGAAGAAGUCAAUCCAGUUACUAAGUUGCACUUUAGAGGAGCAAGGAUUUUUGCUGCUGUCAUGGAGGAUUUACUAGCAAAAGGAAUGGAAAAUGCUCGAAAUGCAAUUAUUUCUGGAUGCUCAGCUGGAGGAUUAACUUCAGUACUGCAUUGUGAUCGCUUCCGAGCUCUAUUACCUGGAGGAGCCAGAGUGAAAUGCCUCUCAGAUGCUGGUUAUUUUAUCAAUGCAAGGGACGUCACUGGGGCAUACCACAUUCAACAGUACUUCAGUCAAGUUGUUGCUACACAUGGCUCUGCAAGGAAUUUGCCUCAGUCAUGCACUUCAAGACUUAGCCCAAAGCUAUGCUUUUUCCCACAAUAUUUGGCGUCACAUAUCACUACGCCGAUCUUCUUUGUAAACGCGGCAUACGACUCAUGGCAGAUUAAGAACAUUUUGGCACCUGGUGUUGCUGAUCCUGAAGGCCAUUGGCAUAGCUGUAAGCUGGAUAUAAACAACUGCUCACCUGAUCAAUUAGAUCUAAUGCAAGGCUUCAGGACAGAAUUUUUAAGGGCAUUGACAGUGCUAGGCAACUCUUCAUAUAAAGGAAUGUUUAUAGACUCUUGCUAUGCCCACUGCCAAACUGAAAUGCAGGAGACAUGGUUGAGAAGUGACUCUCCAGAGCUGGAAAAGACAACAAUUGCAAAGGCUGUAGCAGACUGGUUUUAUGAAAGAAGGACAUUCCAUCAGAUAGAUUGCCCUUACCCCUGCAACCCCACUUGUCACAACCGCGUUUUCGGACCAGAAGACAACCACCAAGGAAAAAAUGUGACCUCGAAAGGAACGUCAGAUGCAUCAGCCAGAAAGCUCAAUUUUCCGAAACUAACAAACAAGGCACAAUGGAUUGAGCUUGUGUGCAUUAAUGGAGGAAUCAAUGGGCUUCUACUAACGUUGGGUCUUAUGAUCAUCGUAUAAAAGCUGGUUCGAAUUCUGACACGGCUGGACCAUCUCUUCCACUGUCUUCCAUAGGAAGCAGGAAAAAGCCAAUCCCAUUGGAUUGAACAAUUUUGUGGCCUUGUACAGACUGCAAUAAAUUCCAGACACAGCUUCAUAAUUGGAUUCAGUCAGAGUAAGCUUGAACUUACUGCAAUUGCUUGGCCUAAAUAAUUAUUUUCUGCCUUAGUUUUGGGAGAGAGGAUGUUCUGGUGUUUCUGUUUGACUUCUUUUUCUGUGCCAUCUAUUAUGAGAAACAUUUAUGCAUCUUUUGUUUAAGGUGAAAACAGUUGGAGGAAGGGCGUUUUGGUAGGAUGAAAAAGAAAUGAAAGUUCAAAACUUUGGUGGGCUAACUUUCACUCAAAAAGAGAAGAAAACUUGAAAAAUUAGGUGGAUCAUAAUUGAUUAUACGAACAACAUGCAUCUUUAUUUUCAAAUGCUGUGUCAAUUCACACGAACUGGCUAAGUUCAAGGUGCAUAAAGCCUGCUGGUGAAGCUGCAAUUGUAAUACUGACAGCAUAUAUCAUAGUAUCUUGUUUUACUAAUCUGUUACUCCAACAGGUGUGAAGAAGUUCCAUUGGCUCAGCAUCUUGCACCUACUAGACACUUUGUUUUGUUUUGUUUCUUUCUGUAGUAUUUGCUCAUUAUAGUUUUGAAGGCUCAACUUGUAAAAGGAAUACAAAAUAAAAUAAAAAUAUCAUAUGAUCAUUUACAUAUC